ACGCUCGGGUCUUCGCCCUCUGGGUCGAGUCCCCUCCGCGGAAGCCCCGCCUCCCCCUCUCCCUCCGCCACGAUGCUCCUCACCGAGCCUGCUUCCUCCCUCCUCACAUCCCCCGCCCUGACCCCGGUGCGGGACGCCCCACACUAAGGCUUUCGUCCCCUGCACGCUCCCCAAGUCCACGUGGAUGCUGCCAGCAUGGAGGGGUCGGGGGACGUGAGCGGUCCGCCUCCUGCCCUACUGGGGAUGGAGUCGGUGCUGCUGCUCGCCCCGGUCACAGCCCUGGAGUGUGUGGGAGGUUAUCUCCUGGCAGGUGAAGGCCCCAACCUGAUGGUGUAUAGCUUAAAGUCCGAAGAGGCGCUCAGAACAGUGCAGUGUGAGCAGAACGUUCUUCGCCAUUACCGUGUCCACGGACUCAAAGAGCGUGGCGCACCUGGAACCCGGCGGGCUUCGGGAACGACAUUAGCCGUCUUCGGGGGCAAAGGGCUCCGAGUUGUGAAGUUAAGUGAUGAGCAAGACGGGACCAGCCUGACUCCGCUCUCCCGGCUUUGUGAGCUGCCUGACUGGAUAUGGGAUGUCCGUUGGCUAGAGGACACUGUGGAGAGGUCAGCUUGCCUCGCCCUGGUCCUGGCCCACAACUCCGUGCUCCUCUACGACUGUGUCACGCAAGAGAGACUUCAAGAGGUUCAUUGUGAGGAGAAGUGUAUCCUCUAUUCCGCUCUCUUGGUUGGCAACAACUGGCAGGAGUUAGUGGUGAUAGCGGGUACGGUCUUCAACCAGCUGGUGGUCUGGUGCGUGGCGGAUCCCGCCGGCAAGGAAGCGAGGAUUCAACCGCGAAGGCGGAUCGGUGGGCACAGUGGCGUCAUCUUCAGUAUCUGCUACUUGGAGAAGAAAGGCAUCUUGGCUUCCGCCUCCGACGACAGGAGCAUCCGGGUUUGGAGCGUCGGAGAUCUGCGAGAGCUUCGCGGCGCGGUGCGGUGCAUCCUUGUCUGUUACGGUCACCAGUCCAGGGUGUGGUCGGUCAGGUUACUCAGCGAGUACAUCAUCAGUAUCGGGGAAGAUUCGGCUUGUAUCGUCUGGAGCUACGACGGAGAGAGGAUUCAAAGUUUUAAAGGGCACAGAGGGAGAAGCAUCAGGGCAUUGGCUGUGCAUGAGGCCCAGAAGUGGGUGAUCACCGGGGGGGCCGAUGCUGGUAUUAGAAUCUGGCGCCUCCCGGGGCACGGAUCUCGGGGGGAUGGUCUUUUGCCCCUAAACUUCGCUUCGUUUACUCUGAAGGGGACCCCCAAAGCUGUGUCGUUGGUCGACACAAAGCGGCUUCUCGCCAUGACUGACGUCGGGGCCGUUUACCUUUAUGAGCUGGGAGUCCGACGGUGGAAAUUCAUCCUGGAGGACUCGAAUUACCAGUCGUACAGUUUGCUGGAAGCUGCCCAGCUUGCUGGUGCCACUGGGAUGUGCGCUAUUGGGAAUCUAGAGGGCUGCAUCAAGAUCUUUUCCCUCCACCGUCCAGAGGAGGCCAAAGACGUGAAAUUGUUUGAGGGAAAAGUGCACAGCCUGAGCUGGGUCUCCCAUCCGAGCCCGGAUCCGCCCAACGGAAGCCUUUGCCGCGCCCUCUUUGCUUCUGGCCCAUGGGGCGUUCUGGUGUGGCUGGAUGUCUCCUGCGGCCCUUUAGGGCACAUUAGUUCUGUGGUAGAAAGGCGUCGGUAUCUCCUGCCGCUGUGCAAACAGAGGUGGCACACCUGCAUUGCGUUUUUGCCCCGGGGAGACUUUGUGGUCUGCGGGGACCGCAGGGGGUCUCUGUUUAUCUUUUCCUGUGGGCCCAGUCCGGGAUCCACCGUGGAAGAUCAGUGCACAAGAGGAGAGAGAGAAAGGGAGGCAGACUCUGAGGAGGACAAUGGGGAGGCUGCAUCGGAGUGGUCUCCGGCUCCUGCUGAGGGAGGCCCCGUUUCCCUUCUGUUUGGGGUCCACGGGAAGCAAGGGGUGACGUCGGUGACCUGCCACGGUGGUUUCAUCUACAGUACUGGCCGGGACGGCCUUCUCCAACAGCUGUGUGUCCGGGGCGACCGGCUCCGGGUGUUGCGGAAGCAGAAGCCCUGCAAAGGGAUGGACUGGGUUGCGCGGCUCUGUUUCGCCCCCGACGAGAGCCUGCUGGUGCUGGGCUUCCACUCCACUGACUUUGUCUUGUGGAGCAUGAGGACCCACGAGAAGCUGUACUCCGUCCCCUGUGGCGGAGGCCACCGGUCGUGGAGUUUCACGGGGGACCCGUCUUCCGGGGUCUUUGCUUUCAUCAAAGCCGGGGACGUCGUGGUUCACCAGAACCGGGAGGGAGGCCGCGGCGGCACUAGGGCCGUCUUGAAAGAGUCCCUGCAUGGCCGCGAGCUAACCUCCGUGCGGUACGUCGGGACGGUGAGGACGCCGGAUGGCGAACCGAUCACCAUCCUGGUGACGGGGAGCGAGGACACAACGGUAAACGUCUUAGCUUUCCGGGCCUCUCCCUCCACUGCCGUCACGCUCGCCACCGUUAGCGUCCACAUCUCUAGCGUGAGGGCCCUGGCGGUAGCCAGGGUGGAGAUGGAUCGGGGCAAGGGGCACACAGCUGGCCUGUCUGCCCUUCUCUUCUCUGCGGGUGGUAGGGCAGAGAUAGAGUGCCAUCGGUUGAUGAUCCACUGUGACCGCGGGGCCAACGGUACGGUAAGGUGCCAGGUGAUCCACGUGGCCUCUCACCAGCUUGAUAAGCACUGGGACCACAUGAAGAACAAGCACAAGCUCAUCAAGGUGGACCCUGAAACCAGGUACAUGUCUAUCGCGGUCAUGGCUGAUGCUGCUCUUAAGCAGCCUGGUUCUUGCCUCAUCCUGGCUGCUGCUUGUAGCGAUGGUUCUGUGAGGCUCUUCCUGAUGUGGGAAUCCGAUCAAAAAUUGCUGCUCCUGGCAGAGUCUUUUUACCACCAGCGCUGUGUCCUGAAGGUCCAGUUGUUCGCCCACCAGGGAGUUGAUGGAGAGAGGAGGGUGCUUCUGUGUAGUGCUGUGACCGAUGGGAGCAUUUCAUUCUGGGAUGUUACUGCCGCCUUAGACCAGGAAACAGAAACCCGGGAAUCACCCGUCGGAAAGCGAAUGCCAUGUGAAACUUCCAAGAACCAAUGGAACCAAAGGGGAAAGAGAAGAUAGUUUUCCACAGAUCAUGGUAGGUUGAUCUCUGAAAAGGCUUUUCACUUCUGGACUUUCAAUAACAAUUCUUGGCAAUAAAACUCUCUCUCUCUCUCUCUCCAUAGAGAUAAUGGAGAGAGAGCACCCAUUAUAUGUGAAUAUAAGGUUGUCCUUUGUGCUCAAACACAAUACCAUUGAUUGGUGAAAUUACUGCAUACAGAGCACUGUACUAAGCAACCAGGAGAGUAAACCAGAAGCAAAAGACAUGGUCCCUGCCCACAGUGGGGGGUGUACAAUCUAGUUGAAAUUAAAAUAAAUUACAUUAAGUUACAGGUGGGCAAAGCAACUGGGUAUAAGGAUAUCUGUAUCCGUGGGACCCGCUACACUGUGAACCGACAUAGAGCGUUGCUGGUUUUGCUGACAUUUUUGCUGUUUGCUGCACCUGGCCUUGUCUUAACUUCUGCCUCCUUGUGUCUCCAUUCUUACAAAGCUCUUCUUCAAACAGUGCGUGUGCCAUGUCGGUCUAUCUGUGGCGACUGACUCCCAGUUAUCAGCUUGGGAUGCCAGCGUGGUCUGAGGCUUUGUUUUACUGAUUCCUUAAAAAGGUUCUCCUGGUCUCCUUGCUUUCGGUGUUCCAGUUUCAGCUAACCAUACAGCUACUGUCAUCCAGUCUCCUCACGCGUCCCACGCAGAGCAGCUAUGUUGAAAUAAGCAUAACUUAGGUCUAGACCCUAAGCUCGUUGUGCUUGGGGAAUGUGUCUUAUAUUGUUACAUUGUACUCUCCCAAGCGCUUUGUACAGUGCUCUGCGCACAGUGAGCGCUCAGUAAAUACAAUUGAUGGGAUAACUGACAGUCUACAACGUCGUAGACCUUUCGUUUGGUCCGGAGCCUGAUAUCAGGUUGCCGCCACACUCUGCCUAACAGUCUUCUAAAGGAUGAGCUGGCCCGCUCGAUUCAAUUUUUUACUUCCUUGUCUAGGAGUAGCGUUGUUGGUUGUUGUGCUGCCUAGGUAACAGAACUCUUGCCAGCAUUUAGCUUUGUGUUGCCAAAACAAAUUUUUCAUUGUGUAUAUGGUCUCCCCGGUGCAGGCCGAUACAUUUACCUUAGUUUUCUUUAGACUGAUUCCCAGCUCAAGGUUUACAACCACUUGCAUGCCUUCCUAAUAUGUGGGUCUCGAAGGGCCCUGCCAUCUAUCCACGAUAUUUCUUGAAUGACUCGGUUGUUUCCUUAUUCGUAAGAGCCGCCUCUCUUAUGAAUAACUAAUGAUAUAAGAGAUAUCCCUAGAUUAAUAAUAAGCUUACUGUUAACCUUCAUUUUUUGGCUAGGACUUUUGGAUGAUGCUCGGAGUCUGUUGAGUUGGAAAAGUUUCCCAGAGGAGUGGGACUGUAUCACCACAUCUGUAUUGAAGUUUCUCCUUGCAUCUAUGCAGCCUGGCUGUAUAGAAUGAAGUGAACAGACCCAAAGCCCAUUACGUAUCUACUUUAUCCAAAGAGUGACAGGGGAACACAGGGCAGCCCAGCUUUGACAAAGCCAGAAUCUAAAGGAACUUUUCAAAGCAGCCAAAUUUGCUAAAUAUAAUUGCCGGGGCCCAAACUUAUUACCGAUGGUGUCAAAUGCUUUCGUAAAGUUCUAUGGAAACUGCCUAGGGGUCUUGAGUCUGCUCCCUGCCCUUUUCCUGUAUCCGAUAUGCUGCAAAGAUCACGUCCUCUAUGCUACACACCGGGAUGCACAGUGUGUUCCGUCAGCAAUUUUCUUUCACAGCUGACCCAAGAGUACUCUCGUUAGGAUCUUGCUGGCAGUGGAGAGUACUUAAAGGUAAUUGAAUUAAACAAUCAAUGGUA